GAAAAAUGGGAUAAAAAUGACACAGACAGCGGACAGAUUUGGGUAACACACUGACGAAAACAAGCAAAACAUCAACCUCUUUUUUAAUUCACAUGUUAUAGAGUAGAGAGGACCUUCCAUUUUUUUUUUUUUUAACAUAAACUAUUGCUUCAAAUUCCGUCAACAAUCCCAUUUCACCCUAUAUUUUUCCGUCACUCUUAUUUUUCACGCAAAGCAAUUGUUUCUGUACACUCAUUAGAUUUUCUUUCCUUCAAAACUGCACAGCUUGCAGUGGCCGCAGACGACCCAGCCAUGGCCGACAACAUCAAUCACAGAAAGGCUAGAAACCCUCCGCCGCCGAGAAACCUCGAAGCAGAUCUGAAUUCCAUGGUUUCCAAGAAGAAGAACUUCACAUCGGCAACGUUCAGGGGCCUCGGCUGCGCCGCCUCCUCCCAUGUCUCUGUACCUGCGGCUAUAAGAACCUCCGCCACUUGGGAGCCCAAGAGAAAAUCGAGAACGAAAAGGCUUAGCACUAGGAAAAUCAACGAUAAGCUACCUGUUGAUGGCAAUAACCCAACUUCACAGUCUUCCCUUUCUUUGGCGUGCUCGUCCUCGUCUGAUGUUUGGUGCGGCCCAGCCGCGCUCAAUGAUGUCGAUUGUGUCGUCUCAACUAGGCCUUCCAGGCCCAAGCUUAACAGGAUUCUUCUUGCUCAGAGGGAGUUAUACACUAGCUUCAAUCCGUUUAUCUGUCAGGGUUCAUACACCGUGAGGAGAAUGGUGAUUCCUGAAGACAACCCUUUUGUUGAAACUGAUGCUGGUUUGGGACUGGCUCGCAUUCGUACUGAUGUCACAGGUUCUAGAUAUCGUCGCCAUGUCAGCAGGCAUGGUCUCCGUGAAGGACUUGAUGAGAUUGUAAUGCUCCAAAGCAACAUGCUGAUGGGAGGGAGACCAAACAGGCUCGAUAGAUACAGUGAUCUGAGGCUUGAUGUUGACAACAUGUCGUACGAGGUAAAAUCCAAGUGGUUGAACGAUUUUGCUAUAUCCGGUGUUUGCAUUGAAAUCUUUGACAGACACUUUACUUUAAUCAAUAAACAGGAAUUGCUGGAACUUGGUGACCAAAUUGGAUAUGUGAGCACUGGACUGAGAGAGGAUGAGAUAACUCAUUGUCUGAGGAGGAUUAAACUCGCAUCAUUUGAGAAUUUGUCGACACAUUUUACGUCUGAAAGUGAGAGGAAAUGCAGUAUAUGCCAGGAGGAAUAUGAAGAAAAUGAUGAGGCAGGGACUCUGAACUGUGGACACUCAUUUCAUGUGUGUUGCAUAAAGCAGUGGCUUGAGCAGAAAAACACUUGCCCUAUCUGUAAAACAGCAGCCUCAUCCCAAACAUAAAGCUGAAUAGGUUGGGUGGCUCAUAAAAUGUUACUCACGUUUUUAUGUAUAUUUCUGUACAGAUUUCUGCAUCUUUGAAAGAGAAAUCAUUCUUUGAUGUGACGAUUUGGUUUGUAACGGCUUGAAAACGUGCCAGUUUUCGUUAGCAACUCUGAUUUUGAUUGGUUUGUGAAAAUAAAAAAUAUUCUGGCGAGCACUCGCGUCAAAGAUCUGCUCGGGCUUGAGUUUGACCGAGCUCGAGCCAAUCUCGAGCAACUCGAGUCCACAAUUGAGCUGGGCUCGAGGCUGUUUUUUGUAGAGUCGAGCACUUGUUGAGCCGCUCGAUAUAUAUUAGAAUUACC